AUGGAUCUCCUCUGCAGUGCAUACUCCAACUCCGACGACGACGAAGAGCGGCAGAGCCGACAGGAACCCAAGCGGCUCAACGUCUUUCCUCCGCCGUCUCAAUACCGAUUCCAGCCCCAAUUCUCUGGUUCAGGACACCCUCCUCCAGUGAAGCGUAUGAGAACCGAUACAGUUGUCAACGUGCAAACAGAUGCUCCGGCGCCGGGAAGAUACAUAUCCAAGCGAGAGCGAGCUCUUUUGAGUCAGAGUAUCCCGGCUCCUGAACAGUCCUCCAUUGAUAAUCAGGACCAGGAACAGAACCAGAGCCCUGCUGCUCUAACUUCACCAGUUAGAUUGAGUAUAAAGGAUUCAGAUCUACCCAACAAUAUCGUCUCAACCUUGAGAAACCCGAGUGAACGUGCAAAGCUAAGCCAAAUACCUGAAAGGGUGUCAAUAUCUCUUAACAGCCAUAAAAAGGCAGUCAAUGCUCUCAAUUGGUCGUCCAACCAUGCCCAUCUUCUUGCAUCGGCUGGGAUGGAUCACACCCUCUGCAUAUGGAAUGUCUGGAGCAGAAGCCAGAAAACAGCUCAUAUAUUCAGAUUCCACGGUGGAGCAGUAAAAGAUGUGCGAUGGUCACCUCAUGGAUUCACUGUACUUUCCUGCGGGUAUGACUCUUCAUCCAGGUUGAUUGACGUGGAGAAGGGGAUACAGACUCAGAUUUUUAAGGAAGAUCAGGCAGUUUUGGUGGUGAAGUUCCAUCCGCAGAAUUCAAGCCUCUUCCUUUCUGGUGGUUCGACUGGAAAAAUAAGAUUAUGGGAUAUUAGGACAGGGAAUGUCGUCCAUGAAUACAAGCGAGGUCUCGGCCCGAUUCUUGAUGUUGAAUUUACAAGAAACGGAAAGCAGUUUAUCUCGUCUAGUGAUGUCUCUGGAGGCAAUGUCACUGAAAAUGCAAUUAUUGUUUGGGACGUUUCACGAGAAGUGCCAUUGUCAAACCAGGUUUAUGUGGAAGCCUUUACCUGUCCCUGCAUUAGGAUCCAUCCAUAUGACCCAUCAUUCAUCGCCCAAUCGAAUGGCGAUUACAUUGCAAUCUUCUCUUUAAAACCGCCAUUCAAGCUAGACAAGUACAGAAGGUACGAAAGACAUGGGGUGUCUGGAUUUCCCAUCAAGUGCGAUUUCAGUUUGGACGGUGAGAAGAUAGCCUCAGGCUCCUCAGAUGGCUCGAUAUACUUCUACAACUACAGGUCAUCAGAGGUUAUCAGGAAAAUAAAAGCAUACGAUCAACCCUGUACAGACGUCGCUUUCCAUCCAGUGAUGCCGAAUGUGAUUGCCUCGUGCAGUUGGGAUGGAAACAUUUCAAUCGUUGAGUGA